GCGGUAGUAGUGGGGGGAGCACUGGGAGGACCGAAUUCAAACAAGUUGGUGUUUACUUUCUAAAGGAUUUCUUGUUUCGUCAGUUUCGAUAGUGUCACAGAACAGACGAUCAGAAAACGAACGGAGUGUUCUAGUGUCGCACUAAAUCGGGUUGUGGAUGUGGAGUGAGCUUAAAAAAUUUCGGUUUCGAUUUGUUUAAGUUGUUUCCCCCUAACCUGUGAAAUUUUCCGUUUUCGGCAGGCCUCUGGGCCAGCCAGGUACAUAAUUUUAAAAAAAUAGUGAUGGUUUCAUUGACAGCAAUGCUUGUGUCGGUGGCAGAGUUUUCCAACAUCAUCUCAGUUUUAGCUGUUUUUAUGUGUUUUUGUGGAAUGUUCCUCUUGAUAAUGAGGAACAUGACGUUGUUUUGGCUUCACGGUGAAGAGCUCAUGUUCGGAACAUCAGUACACACCGUGCAACAGAGGAUACCACAGAUGAAAAUGAUGAAAGUUCACAUCCCUUUCACAUUUAAACUUCAGUACGCCUCAAAAUCUUCUUAUGCCGAAGUGCAGUUUUUGUUUUCUAGUCAAGUGCCUUACACGUUGCAAGCGUUCUGGGGAGUCUCGAUCCGCGAACUCCACUUGUUCCUGUGGCGGCCGUGGAACAAAUUCAACGCCUCCCUCCAGCAAGGCGUCAUGCUUCAGGGCCACUACCAACAAAGAAGUCGUGUCAUACAUGAGCAAAACAAACACGCAGAAAAGACGCUAAGGCUGUGUCUCCCAAAACCAGAUUUGGAACUUGGACCUCCUCCGAGACUAUGCUACCCGCUUGUUAUCUUUCUCGUCCGAAGAGAUAAUCCCACUUCUCUUCAUCCAGAUGAAACGGUGGCACUAGUGAGCGUCGUUCACAUUAAAGAUGAUGAUUGUACUCUUCCCACCAGUAUCUUGGCGCAGUAUUUGAAACAAGCCAAUGGACAGUUAUCGUCUCUAAAACAAUUAUAUUUAGCGACUGGAAAUGUAUCCAAUUAUGAAGAGGUUGUCAACGAAUCCGCAUUUUCAGUUUGCGAACAGCUUUGUGUUGUGUGUCAGUUUUUCCCUCUCUCUCGAGCAUUAUUGCCUUGCAGACACACUUGUGUUUGCGCUUCGUGUUUUGUGAAGCUCGACACCUGUCCAAUGUGCAGAGCUCCCAUCAAAUCGUACUUCACCGUCCGCUCUGAAGAAUACCUGACAGAUAGCUCGGAAAAAACGAUAUCAUCACAUCCUGAACGAUUAACUCAGUGGCUGCAGGAUAGAUUAACAGAUUUUAUAGGAUUUCAUCGGUAGGAAAGGUCACUUGCAAUGAACUAGCUCCAUGUUAGUCAUUCUGUAAUCACUUCACAUCUUGAUGUGCAAGCCAGACACGUUCCAUGUGAUAGAAGCCGAAGGAAUUAUGUCUGAUGACUAAAUUUUAUUUUUCAUCAUAGCCACUGGAUGAAAUGACUGGUCUUUUUUAAAUCUUACAAUCUUGA